AUGGACGAGGAGGAAGCAGCUGAGGCUCAAGCUGGUUCGGCAGAUGAGCAGGCGGGUCGUCGGCGGAGCAACUUGCUUCGAGAUAAGCGCGGUCUGUAUUAUUUUGGACCAGCCGAAGAAAUUCAACAGCUUUUGGGAGUGGACAAAUACGCAGAGCGGUGGCCGAAGAUUCCAGUUGCCGAACUACACGCAAGUUCGGUGCAACAUCCGGAUCGCCCUGGCUACCGGUGGCUGUUGCACACACGCAGGGUACCUUUGCGGAAAAAGGCAGAGUCUGCGGUUGCGCGCGCAGAGGUUAGCGUCGCGGAUGCGCACGCGGAAGGUGAAGCUGCGGUUGCGCGCGAGGAUGGUUCCCGGGAUACAGCUGUGGAAGGGCAUCCGCCUUGCGCUGGCAUCGGGGACAGUAACGGCACGGUGUUCCUUUGUCGGUGGUGUUGUCACAGCUUGUGUCACCGGAAACCCACGCUUCCCAAGCGAGCGCUUGCCAAUGACCUGUGGGGAGGCCGCGAGCAUCCGCUUUACCAGAAGCUUCGGGACUUGCCGGCUGCACGGAUGCUUCUUGGACAAGCUCGGGUACUUUACAGGAAGGUGGUGUUGAACCACAAGCAUGGAAGAGAUGCGUGUGAGUUGCAACAUGGCUUGCAAGGCAAUACCACUUUCAUAGCGCAGCCGCGAACUUCAGCCGUGGGGAAGUCCUUGCCGCCUUGCAUGGAGGACGUGGGUCAACAGUUGCAGGUUAUUUUUUCUGUAUCCCGCACCGACGUAGCCAGAGCGAAACCACUGUUGGUGCCACGUUCCCUUUACCUCGAAUGCGCUCGUCUUCGACAACAGCUUUGUCCGUUGUUUCAUGAUGUGGAAAUCGAUGUAGCACGAGCACAGGUUGACCUGAAGGAGGAUGAGGCGCCCCCGGGAAUUGUAUCUGCUGCUGUGCGCAUGGAGGAAGCCAACAUGUUUCGACCGAAUUUGACAGGUCCGGCUAGCUCGCGAGCAGCGGACACGGCAGCGAGGUCGCGGGAAGAUGAAAUUGUAGAAGCUGACUUGUUGGAUGAAGAGCCGGAAAAGUUGGAUGCAGAGGCAGAGGGUGAAGAGUCCUGUGCGGCUGCGCAAGGAGAAGCGGGGAAAGCUCCGGUGGAAGAAGCAGAGAACCUCAUUGGACUUGAUGAGGCCGCGGACAACGAUCCUCUGCAGCAUUACGUCGUCCUACAGGAGCAAAUUCGACGUAUACAGGAGGACCAAGCUCGCAUUCAGAGGAAGGAAGUGACAGCCAUGUUUGCGGAUACCGUGCGACGUCAAAGCUUGCUUCUCGCUACAAAAAUGACGUUUCUCAGUCACAAGUCUUUUCAGUUAGACCUGCAAGCAAUCGCAAAGGCAAAGGCCGAGGAUUUCCAGGCUCUGCAACGCGUAGAAGAGUCCGGCGAUCAUCGGAUGCUUUUGGAGGUGACGGAAAGCGAACCGCCUGGACAUAUUGCGUUGGAAAAAGAAAAAGCUUCGCAAGAGCAGCGACCACCAAGACAUGGUUACAAGGAUGUACCGUUGACGGGCUGUCAUCAAUCUGUCAUGCCUCUCUAUCGCUUGCCGGGCGCUUUUGGAACUAUAUGCGAGCCAGAUGACCGGGGACUUUUCCGAGAGCCGCCGGCUGCGGUUGCGCGCCCAAGCAAGGACCAUCUGCUGUUGCGAUCAGAUGCGCAGCCGUGGGUUUUGGACGGUUGUCGUCGGGUCGUUGGUUUGCGGUUACCUACUGGACGUGUUGCGCAGUGGGAAGAUACGUGUGCAGAUGCAGAAGCUUGGGCAAGGGCAUUUGGAAAAGAUGUUCGAGGUCUCUUUUGUCAAAACCAUGACCACAACUGUGUCGCGACCUGUGCAAAAUAUGCUGCAAAACACAUGGGAGAUGAGACAGGCGCGCCUCGGAAAACGAAGGCUUUGGAUCCUCGCUCCUAUUGUCGGUUUUUGUUUGUUCGUGUCGUGGAGCUGAAGGUCGGGGACAAGCUGAAGCGUUUACUGCGACGAGGGAAAGAAUUGGUUCGGAAAGCGAGGGUGUUUUACAGCAAUACUCGCAAUGAAUACGGACGCGUGCAAGUAGUUCGCAGACACCCCUUCAGAUCCACUUCCAAUGACCUGUGUCAAGCUUUUGCACGUUGUAAUGUGGAUUUGCAACGAAAUGAUCGUGUCGUACCAAGUGAGGCGCCGGAGUUCAGCCUAGUCGAUUUGAAGCCUGUGCAGUUCUUCUAUGGACACGCUCGAUUGUCUGCGGAUGCGCGGCGUAUCCUCGCAUGUUUGGCAGAAGGGGUGCGAAGCUCGCACGUGUGCGAUUUCUACAUGACCAAAUAUCUCGCCAAGGGUCAGCAAGUUCUUGCAAGUGCCAUUACUCCUGUUCUGCACGGCUUGGAACGUUUGGAUGCAGAGAUUACAGCAGGGAAAAAGAUCUUGGGCACCACCGAGGACCUAGCGCGUGUUUUUUACUUGCUGGAAGAAGGCAAACGCCUGUGGAACGGAGCACUGGCCGGCGAUUUCGUGCAAGAGGCGGCUCGUCCAGCUGAUGUGGACGUGGUACAUGUGGUUCCAUUGCCGAGAGAAUCUACCAAACGUUCUGCGGAGCGCAGUUCCUUGGAACAGGACGGUUGUCACUCCGAAGACAAGAAACGACGGAUUUCCGAGUCGAGGUCUACAGCCGCAAGUGGUGAACAUGUUGAAGGAGAUGGUGCGGUUGCGGUGGAUGCAUCAUGUCUUGAAGUUGCGAAGACUGGAGAUGAAGCAUGUGUGGGUGCACCGUGUUGUGAGCGCGUGGACAUGGAGCCGGAACAACCUGGUGUUCGGAUGUUUCGCGCCACUGCUUCAACCUUCGAUGAUUGGCUGCAUCGUGGAUUCUUCCUACAAGAUUUGAAUUUUCACAGUUAUGUCGCGUAUAUUGAAAUCGUUCCUCGCCAACAGGGUAAGUUGGGCGAUUGUUUCCUCUUUGAUGAGCAUUAUCUGAAAGCAAAAACCUACUGGCAGCGGUUGGCUCCUCGUAUGGCCGUGCCACGCGUGGUAGGCGCAGCUUGCAGUCGCACGGACGUAGGGAAUGGUGAAGAAAACGCUCGCUACAAGUUGACCCUGUUUGGAUUGAUGCGUUGUCCCGGAGUGGGUGCCUGUGCUGACCCUGUGAGUUUGGCUGCAGCCUAUGUGUGUAGCCAGCAGACUCAGGAUAUUCGAUUCUCUCCUGCUUGGCGUCUUCGACGCGCGGAAGUGGAAGUUUUGGCCACUGAAGCUGAUCGGAAAAUUCGCAUAGCGAAGAAGUUACCCACACUGGCAGAUACCACGACGUUUCGCUGUCUGGAAGGUAAAGGUUUCACUUGGUGUCACAUUUUGGUUUCCCAAGCUCUGUACCAUGGACAUAACAAACAUGUCUGCGUCGGAACGCAAAAUUUCCAGAAGCUUGUAGUCUGUAUUUCUGCUUAUUUGGCACCAGUCGCGGAUACAUUCGCGGCGGAACAGUUACAUCUGGCUGAGUUUGUUGCGCAUAGAACACGGGACAUGGUGUUCCGCUUGGACAUGCAUACAGAAGCUCGAAACACUGCCAUUCAGAUAGCCAAGGACAAGACGACCGCGAGUGUCGAAGAUGAUACCGCAUCUGUUCGUUCGGAUGAUCAACAGAUCAUGGUCGAGAUCGAAAAUGUCGGUGGUGAACCCGACGCUGUCGAAGAUGACCGAGUGGGUGAAGCGAACGUGGAGCGACCCAUGGCAGGAGGCAUUGAACUCAUGACGCUCCUGCCGCAGGACUGCUAUGAUCCAGAUGCCGUGCGAGCACAUCUGCUGCAUGUCUCAGAGUUGGAAUCCGCAAAGCAGCGUGGCACCCGGACUUCGGAUGCAGUGCGCUUCAUGUUGGAAGUGGAGAAAGCAUUGAACACAAAAGUGGCACUUUGCCAUGAACACUUUCCCGUGGAGGACUCUGGAGGAUGGAUGCCACAAGCGUCCGUUGAGCUUUUGUUGUCUGCUCAGCAACAACGUGUGGAGUUCUAUCGCAAAAUGGAUUCAGCAGAUGACGCAGCGGAGGAGGCGACCGUUGCGGUUGCACACGCAGAAGAAGAAGCGGUUGUGCGCUUGGUGGCGGCGGAUCUGCGACUGCGCGGUCCGGCGGCGGUGGCGAAAGUGUUGGCCGACAGAGCCACUUUGAACCGCGAUCAACUUGGCUUCGUCGCCAUUGUUGCAAAAAUUCUGCAAGAUGCCUUUGAAUCACUUCCGCCAAGUGGCGAUGGUAUGCUCGCCAAGGAUCGUGUUCUGUUGCGAUGUCUGCUGGUUGGAGGCGGUGGAUGUGGGAAGACUCGGAUCAUCAACAUGGUUUUAAGACCGUUGUUUGAAGCAGUCUUUGGUGAUGGUUCCAUGCAAGCGCAGGCGCCUUCGAACAAAGCCGCUCGUCAGAUUCAUGGCCGAACCAUGCACAGCGCAAACAAGCUGCGCAAAGAUUCAUCUUUGCGGACCGUGCAUUUGCGUGUUUCCGCAGAGACACGGAAGGCUUUGGAAUGCAACACUGUCCCGCUGGCUGCCAUCGUCAUCGAUGAAUUCUCUCAAUGCAUUGGUCAGAUGCUGCAUGCGGACGCGCUGCGGAAGUCUUAUGGUCGGCAAAGGGCCCUGGGGCUGGAGCUUCAUCGUUAUGCGGAAUUGGACGAGAGCUGGGGGCGUAUGCCGGUGGUCGUCAUUUCUGGGGAUGAACUGCAAUUACCUCCUGUUCCUUUUUCGCAUUCCUUGCUUGCCAGUGUGGAUGGAACCAGCGAUGAACAUAAAGCCGGCGUGCAUCUCUUCGGUCAAUUCCGUUAUGUGUACCGCCUGCAGACGGCCAUGCGUUUCCAGGAUCCAGUUUUGGAAUGUAUCCUGAGGAAAAUGCGAACUCCGGGUGGUGCGUUGUUGACGCAGAGCGAAUGGCAGGCGUUGGUGAAUACCAACAUCAGUGGAUCCGGCGACAGCGCUCGCUUGUCCGGCACUGAGCAUUUUUUCCAAGCUUGCUACACUUGGUCUGUGGUUAGCAUGGCCUAUACCAUUCGCAGUUUUGAAUCAGCAAAAGCAGCGGGCAAGACCUUGUAUGCCACUCGUGCUGUUGACAUGAUCCAAAAUCUGCAGGCCGACAAAGCUGCUGCUAUCGCCCGGGCUGUGGUUGCGCACCCAAACAUGAACGAGACCGGACGGCUUCCUCACUAUGGUCUCUAUCACGUUGGUAUGGAAGUGCGCUUCACUCAGACAGUCGCUGCUCCUCAUGUGGUGGUAGAUACAAUUGGAAUCAUUCGGGGUUUUGCGUUUGCUUCGGAGGAUCGGAGUCGCACUGAUUUGCAUGCAUCUUUCGUCGUUUUGCGACGCUUUCCGGAAGCUAUUUAUGUGGAGCUGCAAGAUGUGCCGCAGAAAUUUCUGCCCGAUGAAGCCUGUCUUGAACAUACACCGCACAUGGACGCCGAGUGUGCUGCAUGCUUGCGGAUGCGUGGCGUGUUUUUGGUGCGACCAUUUACGAAUCAACAAGGUUGGUCGCUGAAAGUGACGAUCCCUGGAUCCCUUGCUACUGGUACAGAAGAAGAGAUCUCUGUCAAGAUUCGUAGGACGCAGAUUCCGUUGGUGACUGUGAAAGCCAGUACUUUGCAUGUGUUGCAAGGUACAACGACAGAUCCUGGUUUGAUCUUUCAUUGGCGCUUCCCUCGUCGACUCCAAGCAGACAUGAGGUGGUUGGCUGCAUAUGUGGCCUUGUCACGUGUGCGCUCCUUGGAUCGUCUGCGAUCUGUCGGUCUCGACAAUAAGAUUCGUGCCAUCUUGGAACAAGGACCUCCAAAUACUUUGCCUGCCGCCGCGCGACACGGUCGGUUUGUGGUCCAAGUAAAGUUUCAAAAGGUGGAAGAGUACACAUAUACCCGGCAAGGCGCGCCGACCAAGGGAAAGCGGUUGCACGUGCUGUUUGCUAGCGCGGAAGAAGGUGCAUAUGUGUCUGGUCGCAUGGUCAUGUGGCAACAGAAGUCUGGCGAGUUGGAAGCUGCGGCUGCGCGCUUCCAGGUGGGUUUGCACUUCGAAAUGAAAUCUGUCGUCUUUCUCCAGAAAGAGGUAGCCGAAUAUAUUCACACUCCGUUGAAAGUGGUUCUGGAUCUGCGACAGACUCACUUCGAUUCGGUUCUACAGGGACAAUUUCCCAACUUUUGCCUGGGCCCACCGACACGUCUGAAAGACAUUCUGGAGUUAACAGAUGGUCGACAACGCUUCGAUAUCACGAGUCUCGUGCGGCUGCGCGGAGACCCGCGUACCGUAACCACCCGGCAGGGUCAACGUGUGGCGCAGGACAUCGUGCUUCGAGACGAGUCUUGUGUGCAAGACGGACAUCGGGCAGAGAUCACCACGUCCAUUUUCGCGGAAUCACAAGCGAAACUGGAAGAAUUUAUUGCUUUGGUGAAUCUGGAAAAGCCGUUGACUUUCUUUGGCUUCGAUGUGCAAGUCCGUGGUGCUGAAAUCAAGGUCACUCCAUCUUUUCAAGACUUUCGCUGUGAAGUGGCUGUCUCCGUCCGUGCGGCUGCGCAGGACGAAAGACAGAACGAGAUUUGGAAGGAAGCAGGGCAGACGCUGACGCAUGAAUGGCAGCCCUCGGUUUCUACGGACUACACAAGCAAAGAAGGCUUUUUAUCCUUUUGUGCUUUGCUGGAUGCGUAUAGCCAACAAGACGCAGCUGCCUUGCAUGGCAAGUUGUUUCAACUCAACAACAUCCAUGUGCCUUACCCACCGGAGCACCACACGGUGGAACGACGUGUGUUUUGGUCCACACGGAUUCGAGAUUGUAGCGGCAGCUUGGAAGUCGCCAUUCGACAAAAGGCAGCCUGCCAGCUCGCCAAAAUCGAUACAGCUGAUCACGAGAAUGCCGUCAUGGAGUUCAAUAGUCAGCAUGGCGGUGACCUGUUAUCGUGGCCUUUGCUUGCCAGUGUCAAGAUCUUGGUCACACUUCGUGGUGACAAUGACUCUGGUGCCACACAGGCGACUGACAGCGUCUCCACGACGAGUUCCUCGAAGCGGAUGCGCUUCUUAGUUGUGGAAGCUUCGGAGCAGGACCUGCAAGCGACGCCCACAAAGGCUGUGCUGGCCGUUGUUCAUGCCUUGAGCCAUGUGCCGUGCAGCGGAGACGCGUUUGCGGCUGCAUUGCUGUCGCAAUUGACCAAGAAUAGUUUUGGCGUUUUUCAAGUGCAGCCAGAGGUUGUGGUAGCGCACCUGGAGACUGGUGCCUUGGAACGCCACGCUAAACGUCGCCGGGUUACUUGUGCGAAGGCCUUGGUGAUGCUUCUUUCGAAAGAACGGACGCAGCAAGAAGCGUUGGGCUCAGACAGUUAUGGCAUUCGGUUGGUGACCAAGAAUGUUCGCGACGCUUUGGCUCCAGAUGCAGGCCCUGUGACUGUGGUGGCGUAUUGUCAGCGACAUGCUUUGAAGGAUUUCAUUUUGGAUCCUCCACGGACUGGAACCAAAACCCAAUACGCUCUGGCAUUGAUCUCCGAUCUGAGCACUACAUCAAGUGAAACCACAUAUGUGGUGGAACAAUUGCAGUUGCUGCAAGAAGGCGAUGCAGAAGCUGCAAUGAUAUGUCUGCGGCGUUUGGAGCAACUGACUGCCUUGAUCGCUUCUCGUCAACAGACGUCGGAUCCCCUACCAGCCUGGACGGACACAUUGGCGGAGAGUGCCUCCCGCAUCGCUUGUCCACGCAUCUCGGCCUAUCCCGCAGGGGACACAUGGGAGAGUCCAGUGAAGGCGUCCCAGGAGGUACCGUUCACGGCAGCUGACACCCCGGGCACAGGCUAG